AAAAAUGAAUUCUGCGGAGGCAGCAGAAGAAGGACCGAACGAUCCAGAUACGGACCCGUUUUUCAAGACAGUUCCUUCCCUCUCAUCGGGAUCUCUGAGGAAUGAUGGCAUAAAGGCAGCGGAUGUUUUAACGGUUCUGAGGGAAAAGGUAGCCUUUGUAUCAGGAGGGCGAGACAAGCGAGGAGGGCCCAUCCUCACCUUCCCUGCCCGCUGCAAUCACGACCGGAUAAAGCAGGAAGACCUGCGGAGGCUGGUGACUUACCUCUCCACUGUGCCCAGCGAGGACGUUAGUAAGCGUGGGUUCACCGUCAUCAUCGACAUGCGUGGCUCUAAAUGGGACCUCAUCAAGCCGCUGUUGAAGACGCUGCAGGAGGCAUUCCCAGCUGAGAUCUCCGUGGCCCUCAUCAUCAAACCAGACAACUUCUGGCAGAAGCAGAAGACCAACUUCGGCAGUGCCAAGUUCACCUUUGAGACCAGCAUGGUGUCGGUGGAGGGCCUGACCAAACUCGUGGACCCGUCUCAGCUGACGGCCGACCUGGAGGGAACGCUGGAGUACGACCACGUGGAGUGGACGGAGCUGCGCGUCUCCCUGGAGGAGUUCACAGGCGGCGCUCUUCACCUCCUCUCCCGCCUGGAGGAACUACAGGAGGCACUCUCGCGGCAGGAGAUGGCCGCCGACUCGGAGGAGGCGCGACGGCUGCUGGAGGAGCACGCACGGCUGAGGAAGACCGUGACGAAGGCGCCGGUGGAUGAGCUGGACUGCGAGGGCCAGAGACUGCUACAGAAGAUCCGGGACAGUGGCAACGGGAGGCUGUCGGGGGGGCCCGACUUCCAGAGCCUGGUGCCCAGAGUCGCCGCCCUGCUGGACAAGCUUCAGGCCACGCGGCAGCACCUGCUGCAGUCCUGGCACGAACGAAAGCAGCAGCUGGACCAGUGCUUCCAGCUGCGCCUGUACGAACAGGAUGCGGAGAAGAUGUUCGAAUGGAUAGGGCACAAUAAAGAGCUCUUCCUACAGACUCACACAGAGAUCGGAGUGAGCUACCAGCAUGCUACGGACCUGCAGACGCAGCACGACCACUUCGCCAUGAACUCUAUGAACGCCUACGUGAACAUCACGCGGAUCAUGUCGGUGGCAGCACGGUUGAGCGAGACGGGUCACUACGCGGCUGAGCACAUCCAGGAGGUGUCGGCUCGGCUGCACGAGGACUGGAAGAGCCUGGCCUCGGCGCUGGAGGAGCGCAGCGCUAUCCUGGCCAUGUCCUCUGCCUUCCACCACAAAGCUGAGCAGUUCCUGUCAGGCGUCGAGGGCUGGGUGAAGACAUGCAGCGAGGGUGGGUUGCCGACGGCGAUGCAGGAGCUGGAGCUGGCCAUUCACAGCCACCAGAACCUCUACGAGCAGGUGACCACAGCGUACACUGAGGUCAGUCAGAAGGGGAAGACCCUGCUGGAUGUGCUGCAGAGACCGCAGCCUGCGCCUGAUACGGGCUCAGUGACGGCGGGCACAGACUACGCCCCGGCCGUGCGCGGGGUACUGGACGUGGUACACGAGGUGGUGCACCAGUACCGCCACAUGGAGGGUCUGCUACAGCACCGCAAGCUCCGCCUACAUCAGCGACUGCAGCUGUGUGUAUUCCAGCAGGACGUACAGCAGGUGCUGGACUGGAUUCAGAACCAUGGAGAGGCAUUUCUUAGUAAACACACUGGAGUGGGAAAGUCAGUGCAUCGGGCAAGAGCUCUACAGAAACGACACGAUGACUUCCAGGAGGUGGCGCAGAACACAUACACUAAUGCCGACAAGCUAUUAGAGGCAGCAGAGCAGUUGGCUCAGACUGGGGAGUGUGACCCGGAAGAGAUCUACGCUGCAGCUCAUCACCUGGAGGUCAGAGUUCAAGAGUUUGUAAGGAGAGUGGAGCAAAGAAAACUACUGUUGGAUCUUUCUGUGUCCUUCCAUACACACACCAAAGAGCUGUGGUCAUGGAUGGAGGAGCUCCAGAAGGGCCUGGUGGAGGCCGUAUGCUCGGAGUCGGUGGAUGCCGUGCAGGAGCUCAUCAGGCAGUUCCAGCAGCAGCAGAGCAGCACGCUGGACGCCACGCUCAACGUGGUCAAGGAGGGCGAGGAACUCAUCCAGCACCUCCGGGACUCUGCAUUGGCCAGUAACAGGCUGCCCCAUGCCAGCUCUGUGGCCCAUAUUGAGAGUGUUCUGCAGCAGCUGGAUGAGACCCAGGCUCAUAUGGAAGAACUGUUCCACGAACGCAGGAUUAAACUGGACAUCUUCCUGCAGCUGCGCAUCUUCGAGCAGUACGCCCUGGAGGUAACAGGUGAGCUUGACGCUUGGAAGCAGGACUUGUUGAGGCAAGCGUCAGACUUCAACACUGAGGAUCUAGCGCUGGCUGAGCAGAGGCUCCACCGGCACACUGAGCGCAAGCUGGCCAUGAACAACAUGACCUACGAGGUCAUCCAGCAGGGUCAGGACCUGCACCAGUACAUCAUGGAGGUGCAGGCCUCAGGUAUGGAUCUCAGUGGAGAGAAGGACCUGGAUCUGGCUGCUCAGGUCCAGGAGCUGCUGGAAUUUCUGCACGAGAAACAACAUGAGCUGGAGCUGAGUGCCGAACACACACACAAGCGCCUGGAGCAAUGUUUACAGCUGCGCCAUCUACAGGCUGAGGUCAAACAGGUGCUAGGCUGGAUCCGUAACGGCGAGUCCAUGCUCACAGCCAGCAUGGUGAACGCGGGCUCUUUGUCCGAGGCGGAGCAACUACAGAGAGAGCAUGAGCAGUUUCAGCUCGCAAUCGAGUCCCUGCUCCACGCGGACUCGCUGCAGCGGACCCACCAGAGCGCGCUGCAGCUCCAGCAGCGGGCGGAGGCGAUGCUUCAGGCGGGACACUACGACCCGGAUGCGGUGCGUGCCUGCGCUGAGACCGUGGCGCUCCACUGGCAGACCCUCAUGCUCAAGAUGGAAGACAGGCUCAAGCUGGUCAACGCCUCUGUCGCCUUCUACAAGACCUCUGAGCAGGUGUGUAACGUGCUGGAGAGUUUGGAGCAGGAGUACCGGAGGGACGAGGACUGGUGUGGGGCGCAUGACAAGCUCGGCUCUGCGUCGAACACGGACCAUGUGGCUCCACUCAUCAGCAAACACCUGGAGCAGAAAGAGGCCUUUCUCAAGGCCUGCACCCUAGCCCGACGAAAUGCAGAGGUCUUUCUGAAGUAUAUCCACCGCAACAAUGUGAGCAUGUCAGGGGUCACUAGCCACAACCGGGCACCUGAAACACAGGUCAAAGCCAUUCUUAGUGAGCUCCUUCAGAGAGAGAAUCGGGUCUUACAUUUCUGGACCCACAAGAAAAAGCGUUUGGACCAGUGCCAGCAAUAUGUGCUGUUUGAGCGCCAUGCCAGGCAGGCGCUAGACUGGCUGCAGGAGACUGGGGAGCAGUAUUUGUCCACACACACAUCUCCAGGCGAAACCACCGAGAGAACACAGGAGCUGCUCAGAGAGUAUGGGGACUUUCGUGUGUCUGCAAAGCAAACACAGGAGAAAGUGAAGCUGCUGAUCCAACUCGCUGGUAGCCUGGUGGAGAAGGAUCACGGCCAUGUUAGCGAGCUCAAGAGGUGGGUGUCCACGGUGGACCGCCGCUACCGCGACUUCUCCCUCCGCAUGGGCCAGUACCGCUCCAGUCUGGACCGGGCUCUGGGGUUGUGCUCCGAGGACAACAAAGAUCUGGAGCUUGACAUCAUCCCUGCCAGCCUGACGCACACAGAUCCAGAGGUCAACCUCAGUGACCCCGACCACGAGGUCAACGAGGAGAAGAAAAAAUCUGCCCGAAAGAAAGAAUACAUCAUGGCCGAGCUACUGCAGACGGAGCGAGCAUACGUGAGGGACCUUCAGGAGUGCUUGGAGACCUUCUUGUGGGAGAUGACCAGCGGGAUGGACGAGAUUCCGCAGGGAAUUGCCAACAAAGAGCACGUCAUCUUUGGGAAUAUUCAGGAGAUCUACGAUUUCCAUAACAAUAUUUUCCUGAAAGAGCUGGAGAACUAUGAGCAGCUCAUUGAGGACGUGGGCCACUGUUUUGUCACAUGGGCUGAUAAGUUCCACAUGUAUGUCACCUACUGCAAAAACAAACCGGACUCCAGCCAGCUCAUCCAGGGACAAGCGGGCAGAUUCUUCGACGAGAUCCAGAGGAGGCACGGGCUCGCCAACUCGAUCUCCUCCUACCUCAUCAAGCCUGUGCAGCGCAUCACCAAAUACCAGCUGCUGCUCAAGGAGUUGCUGACGUGCUGUGAGGAGGGGAAAGGGGAGAUUAAGGAGGGCCUGGAGGUGAUGCUGAGCGUUCCCAAGCGCGCCAACGACGCCAUGCAUGUGAGCAUGCUGGAGGGUUUUGAUGAGAACCUGGCGGUUCAGGGCGAGCUGAUCCUGCAGGACACGUUCCAGGUGUGGGACCCCAAAUCGCUGAUCCGCAAAGGUCGCGACCGUCACCUCUUCCUCUUCGAGAUCUCCCUCGUCUUCAGCAAAGAGAUGAAGGACUCCUCAGGGCGCACAAAAUACGUCUAUAAAAGCAAACUGCUGACUUCAGAGCUGGGUGUGACAGAACACAUAGAGGGUGACCCGUGCAAAUUUGCCCUUUGGGCCGGACGCACCCCGACCUCGGACAGCAAAACCAUCCUGAAGGCAUCCAGCAUGGAGGUGAAGCAGGAGUGGAUCCGGAACAUCCGGGAGGUGAUCCAGGAGAGGACGGUGCACCUGAAAGGGGCGCUGAAGGAGCCCAUCCACGUGCCUAAAACCCCAGCCAGGCAGCGCAGCAUCAGUAAGAGGGAAACCACCGAAGACGCCGACAGUCAGGGUGAUGCCAGCAGCCAGCCGGACACGAUCUCCAUCGCUUCCCGGACCUCACAAAACACAGUGGACAGUGACAAGCUGUCGGGCGGUUGCGAGCACACCGUAGUGCUGCAGGACUUCACGGCAGGUGCGGCGGGAGAGAUGAGUGUGCAGGCGGGCCAGACGGUGGAGCUGCUGGAGCGACCCGGGGAGCGGCCCGGCUGGUGUCUGGUCCGCACCACUGAGCGCUCGCCGCCCCAGGAGGGCCUGGUGCCCAGCAGUGCCCUCUCUGUCUCACACUCGCGCAGCAGCGUCGACAUGGACUGCUUCUUCCCUGCCGGCAAAGAGAACUAUCCAGUGGGCAGUACAGAUGUGAAGUCGGAGUCAUCGUCAUCCCUGCAGCCCCAGGUGUCCGUCAGCUCCCUGCCCAGCAGCUCGGCCGGUCCCAAGCGCUCCGGGACGACCGGGAACACGCUGAAGAAGUGGCUGACGAGCCCCGUGCGGCGGCUGAGUCACGGUAAGGGCGACAACGCCAACGCCAAGAAGCCCAACAGCAAGCAGCGCAAGCGGGACGGCCGCAAGAGCGUGGACCUGGGACCCCAGCCCGAGGACAGCGCGGAGGAGAGAGGGAGAAGAGGCGUGAACAGCGGAGGAGAGGAAGAGGCUGAAGACGAUCCCCACACACCUCUGCCUCCCCCGAUGGAGAUCAUUAAAGAUCCUUCUGCUCAGGAGGAGAAGACUCCGGAGCCUGGCUCUUUCCCAUCGUUUGGCAGUGUGGCCGUAUCCGAUCAAACACCUCGGGAUCCAGAAACAGAAAAGAAGAACAAAGCUCUGAGGGGACGCAUGUUCGUACUGAACGAGAUGGUGCAGACGGAGAAGGACUAUGUGAAAGACCUGGGUAUAGUGGUGGAGGGUUUUAUGAGGAGGGUUACAGAGAAAGGUGUCCCGGAAGACAUGACGGGGAAAGAUAAAAUCGUUUUCGGGAACAUCCAUCAAAUCUAUGACUGGCACAGAGAGUUUUUCAUGGGAGAACUGGAGAAAUGCGUACAAGACCAAGACAAGCUGGCUGAACUUUUCAUCAAACAUGAGCGGCGGCUGCACAUGUAUGUGAUUUACUGUCAGAACAAACCUCGCUCUGAGUUCAUAGUUGCGGAAUAUGACACGUACUUUGAGGAGGUGAAACAGGAGAUCAACUCCAGGCUGUCCAUUAGUGACUACCUAAUCAAACCCAUUCAGCGAAUCACCAAAUAUCAGCUCCUGCUCAAGGACUUUUUAAAAUACAGUUCGAAGGCAGGAUUGGACUGUCAGGAAAUAGAGAAAGCGGUUGACCUGAUGUUUCUGGUGCCCAAACGCUGCAAUGAUAUGAUGAACCUGGGUCGGCUUCAGGGUUACGAGGGUAAACUGACGGCUCAGGGAAAGCUUCUUCAGCAGGACACGUUCUUCGUGACGGAGCAAGACUCGGGUGUCCUGUCCCGCAGCAAAGAACGCAGAGUCUUCCUCUUUGAGCAGAUCGUCAUCUUCAGUGAGCUCCUGCGCAAAGGUUCUGCCACCCCAGGAUACCAAUUCAAGAGGAGUAUCAAGGUGAGCUAUCUGAACAUGGAUGGGCAGGUGGAAGGCGACCCUUGUAAAUUCGUGCUGUCGUGCCGUGGGUCGUCCGAGAGGCUCACGCUCCAGGCGGCUAACGUGGACAUCAAGCAGGAGUGGGUGCGCAGCAUACGGGAACUGCUGGACCUGCAGAGUAGCUUCCUGACUGCACUCCAGAACCCACUGGAGUACCAGAAGAAGGAGUCGGGUUCCCUGAGCCGCCAGGCAUCCAGCAGUAGCCGCUCCUCCUCCUCGCACUCCUCCACCCCGCUCAAACCCGCCUCUUCAACCCACGACAGCCCCGCCCACAAGCCCAGCAAGCAUCAAGAGGAGGAGCUGGAUGAAGCAGAGUGUAACGGCUUAUCAUCAGUCCUGGUGACGCAGGACUACAACGCCGUAAAGGAGGAUGAGAUUUGUGUGGUGGUAGGAGAGAAGGUGCAAAUCCUGGCGUCUAAUCAGCAGAACAUGUGCCUGGUGUAUCGUCCUGCCAACAGCCAAUCACCCGCGGCAGAGGGCUGGGUGCCGGGACAUGUGCUCUCCUCAACCCAAUAAAACCAAGCCCCCACCCUCCUCCCUCCCACCCACAUAAUAAAGCCCUAUGGUCACCACUAACCAGUCAGCAUUCACCUUUCAGUUUUACAACAGUGGACCCUAUGCCAGGAAGACACGCCAGUCGUACUCUUCUUGAGAUCUUAUUGGCUAAGUAAACAGGAAGUCUGCCUGUCCCAUCUCUUACUGCAGUACUGUUAUGAACUGGAGAUGCACACUAAGUUAGACUUGGAUGUGACAUCAUUUCCUACUGUUGAUAUGGGUAAAAACAAACAAAAAAGGAAAUUAAUGAAAUAUAUUAUAUUAAUAAUAAUAAUAAAGAUUGUGUUGUAUAGAGAGGAACUCGAGGUGAAAUUGUUAGUGCAUUAAGUGUGGAUGUUUUUUGAAUGUUGGUGUUCUGCCGUUUUUCAUGGACUUUCUGCAUUGCUCUGGAGUGCGCUGUUCCCUUCAGACAGACUCCUGUUUCUCUCUUCUCUAUACCAUGUUGUUUGCACACUGUGUACUAUAUUUUGUUGUGAUAAGAUUCUUUUUUUAAAGGCUUUAAAGAAUAUCUUCUUUAUGAUUUACAGAUACAAAAUAUGGCAUUUAGAUUUUUUUUACUGACUCAAUCUCCUGUAGAAAAACCUCCUGCACUUUUCAAAAUACAAAUGUAUCGAAAGGACACCAAGUUGUGCAAUAUCACACGCCACAAUGCUCAUCAUUGAACCUUUAAUGUAACUAAGAAUUUUAAAUGUAUUAUUCUGUAUUAUUUUAAAUUUGUACAUAAUAUUUUUGACAUUGCCAUGAUAGAAACAUACCAGAGGAAAUCUUAGCUGCUUACUCCUUCAAGGAUAAGAUAAAUUACGGUAGGUAACACUGCCUCUUCAGUUGGACAGUUAUUUUUACAUUCAGCAUCUUCAGAUUUAGUAUGUAUGAAUCAUCUAGAUCAUACCAGGAUGAAAUGUUUACUAAAAUUAGUUAAAGUCAGUGUUGUGGAUGGAAGACCUUUAUAAUUGUCUGUUUCUGCUUUAGCAGGGUUGGGUGGCCUCACUGGGGUAGCUCCCUCCUGCAGACGUUUAUGUGUACAGGAAAAAAUAAAUAAAACCCAGCAGGAAUCUCACUUGUUAAUCUCUGGAAUGUGCUUCAUAAUAAAGCUGGCAGUUUUUCAUCUUGGA